UGCGAUGGUCAGUUACGGAGUUGGAGACAAAAAAAGCUUCUGAAUCUCUCUCUCUCUCUCUCUCUUCUUCGUCUCGCCAAAUUCAUUUCUAGGGUUUCAUCAGAAGAAGGAACCACCAUUAAACCCUACUAUCAAUCGCAAUCGUUUUCUCCCUCUCUCGAUCUGUCCCUUAGUAGAGAAAACUGGACAACAAACCUAUGCCUUCGACGCCGCUGGCGAACGGUGUUUCGCCUCCUCUGUGUGGCGUAGAGAGAACGGAGGUUACGGCUUCCUCCACGGUGGCGGAUGAUAAGCCGGGAGUUUCAAUGAUGGAACAGUUAGUUCCGGAAAUUACAACCCACGCGCUUAGUUACUUGGAUUAUCCUAGUCUCUGUCGCUUAUCCAUGACUAAUUCCUUGAUGAGGAAAGCUGCUAAUGAUGAUAAUGCUUGGAAAGCUCUUUAUCACAAGGAUUUUACGAUGGAGCAAGAUGGUAUAACUCCAGUCAAUGGGUGGAAAGCUUACUAUGCAACUACUAGAGCGAUUAUUAGUGUCAAUACUGAAUUCUUCAGCAUCAUUAGAGACAGAGCGCUUCAAGUGAUGGCUCGUUUAUGGUUGAACUCGGACUAUGUUAAGUGUAUCCAUGCCUCUGGUGAACUCUUCUCCGGGUACAAUGAAGUGAUGCAAAGCUGGCAACUUUGUUUCAACUGGGAACAAGGGUUUGACUUUCAGGUCCACACGGUUCGCACUCGGAUACUAACAGACAUGGCUUGGGUCACCAUGAAAGCAUACCUGAACGUGGACGGUGGUCCAUUCCUGAUCACCAAUGUGUUCGAGUUCCAUAAUGGAAGGUGGCACAUGGUUCAUCAUCACAGCUCAGUGAUGCUCAUCGAUGAUCAACAAGUUGUUGUUCAUUGAUGAUAUUAUCUCUUAGUUUUUGUUUCCUUCUCUUCUUUUAUUUUCACGGGGACCAAAAAAUUAAGAAGAAGAAAGAAACUGCAUAUUGGAGAAAUUGGCUUAUUAGUUUUUUAGUGUCAUUAUUUAGUUUUAACUACAUGUACUGAAUGUUCUUUUUUUCAGUUGCUCUUGAAUGGUUGGUCUAAUUUUUUUUCCCUAAUUUCUA